UGUGCUUCUUCAUAGGCUGAAACGGGAAAAGUCAGAGGUCUACAGGAGCGGUAGAGCAGUCGAGUUACCCACUUCACCUGCAUGGUGGUUGCAGACUCUUGAACGACAGCUGAGAAGUAUAAUGGGGAUGGGAAGACCAUGUGGACCUUGAUAGUUAAUAGCAGAACUUGUCUAUACAGUUUUAGAAUUAAUGUCAGUUAAAGCAAAUGAAUGCUCAGCUCUUGUCAUUCCCAGAUGUGGUCCAGCAAGUCCAUUUAAAGGACACUUAAGUAACAAAAGUAAUGUUUUCUGCAUUGGCCCCUCUCGUAAUCUUACUAACCAGUACCUGGUCAGAGAUCACAUGGUGGUUCAUUAUAACAGAAUUCUUUCAGCCAAAGCAGCUGUAGACUCUUCAUUGCCCAAAAGUAGGUUGACCAGCAUCAAAUUUGCUGACCAGCAAAGAAGAGAGAAACUGAGGAAGAAGAUAGGCAAAUGUGGAGAGAAAAUAAGUGUGUGUGAAGCUCCAUCCUGUCCAAGAGACAAUGGAAGGCUGCUGCCAUCCUCUUCUAGAAAGAGUCUCUUGGAAGCAGAAGACAAUGUCUCACCCUCUGCUGAGCAGGCACAGUACCUACCAAGAGCAGCAUCUCCUUAUGGCGAGGGUUGCUUGGUUCACUCCAGUCCAGGGCAAUGCAUCAGGAAAUGUUCUCAGAAUACGUGCAGGGCACCUUACUCACACUCCAGUGUCUGUGUGUCAAGGCCCCCAGGGAAACGCUUUGCAGUUCCCCGCAGCCACUCCAUCGAGAGCUUUGUGACCAUGAGGUGCCAGAGGUGCCACAGAAGCCACGCCAGAGCCUGUGGCGGGGAUCUUCUCGAGAGGCACUCUGAAUACUUCACUAAGAGCCGAAAACCUUUUACUCCACGCACCUUAAUAUCAGAUGCUAAACCUUUCCUGUCAGAGUACAGGUUUUACACUCCUGCUCAAAGGAAGAAGAAAAAUCACCACAAGCAGUGUGUGGAAGCUCAAACACAGACUGAUAUGAUCAGUUUUCCAUCUGCAGACAAAGUGCAUGUGAGAAAAGUUAUGGGUGAAAAGCAGAAGAUCAAAUCAAAGGCUGAAGAUAAACUGUACACUUUGGAUGAGCCUGAGAGAGGAGUAGAUGGUUUUCAAGACUCCAUCCUAAGAGGGACAUCAUGGUGUCUUCAGAAGUCUUCACCAAAGAGAACUGUCAGUGAUGAAGAGACAUCAUGGUGUCCUCAGAAGUCUUCACCAAAGAGAACUAUCAAUGAUGAAGAAGAGGAGCUGUUGUAUAUAACUUUCAUUGAAGAUGUUACAAAUGAAAUUCUUAGACUUGGCUUAUUUUCUAACAGGGUUCUGGAUAAACUGUUUGAGUGCCAUAUAGAAGAGAAUAAGGACCGCCUUGAUGAGGGCAAAAUGCGCCAGAUGUUGGAUGUGCUGAAAUCAGACCUUGGCUGCAGCGAGGACAGCAUGACAGAGAUAAUCUAUGCAGGUCAGGAAGCCUCGGGCCCACUGGAUCUGCAGGAGUUUGAUACAACAGAAGAGCCUGAGUGUACCAGUAAAGGUCACAAGCUGAGGAAAGCUACAAAAAAUGAAGAAUUCCUUGAGUCCGUGGACUUGUUAAAGAAACCAGACAUAUGUGAAUCACUGUCACGGAGCAGGAGGUCAAGGGAGACACGGCGCAAGGAGGACUUCUCAGAAGAUACCAUAGAAAUUAUGGGUGCUGGGACAGAGUCUGAUUUCUGUGGUGAGGAAUUUGAACACUCAGACACUUCACCCACCCGUGAGGCAGCUUUAAAUUUGGCUGCUUGUGACAGUGAUUUGGAAGUCAAUGAGGAACUUGAUGAACUUGGGGAAGACUUUGCAGAGGCCCUUCACAUUUCACGUAACUAUUCAUAACUGUAACCAAAGCUUACCUGUUAAACAGGAAUAGAGCUCCUUCUGUGGUGAACUGCCAUUUGUCAACCAGUAGUAAAUUGUUCAGUUUAUUUUCAGUUAUUUCUGUUUAAAUAUUGCUAAGAUCUCUGUAGCAGGAUACUAUUAACUGGGCAUUAAUUUCUGUGUAAGUUAGAUCUUAAAGGAUAAACAGUCAGGUAUCAGAAGAAUUUUGUGUAUUUUGCCCACAGUUGUAUAACUCAAAAAAAACUUAAGAAUAUUAAAACCAGAUUUAUAUUUUUAGGGCUGUAAUACUAAGUUAUGAAAUAUUUAUUCAUUUAAAUAAAUUGAUUGAUAGUGCAGCUGCAGUCCUGCUAUAAAGAUCUGAGAUGUUUAGUCUGCAAGAAUUCAACAACUUAACAUAAACUCAACAUCAAUGUCCUCUUCCAGAAUGGACAAACAGUUCCACCAUGUAGUGUGCUAUGUUACCACUCGCAGAAGCCCACAAAUGAAAAAUCAAACUAUUUCACAAGAAGAAAAUCCAAAUUUUUACAGAUCUAUGUAGAUUCACAAUUGCAGUUUUUUAUUUUCAGUUCUUAACUGAAUGAGACUGCUAAGUUCGAUUCUUUGCACUGAUGACAGCCAUGGCAUAGCAUUCUGCAUCAAGCUUUGGUUUUGUAAAAGGAUUGAAUUGCUUACUGUUUGAUGACUAGGACUGUGUAGAAGAGGACACAUCAGGCACCUUGUACAGCAAAUGGGGAAGAGGUGGUGUAUUUUCUGGUUUAAGUGUAAAUUGAAGUUAGUACAUGCAUUGCACAAAAUUAACCCAAAUGUCAUUGAUUAAUCAGUGUACAGCUAUUGCCUGACAUUCCCAUUGCUGCAGAAUGAGCUUAAGAGGUUCUGAGGAAAUACUUGCAAGUUGCAUUGUCUUGCUGUGGGUGAGGAACUAGGAGUAGUCUUAGGAACCUGGAUAAAACCUGUCCUUUAUAUCUCCUAGGGUUAGUUUCUAACCUUCUUUCUCCAAGGACGAGCCCAAAUUGUACCAGUUCUUACAUAGCAACUGCCACCACCUGCCUCCCCUGUGCCUUGUGAGCAUCGACCAAGGUUUGUGACUCCGUAGCCAGAUGACCCAUUGCAGCUUAAAGCAGCUCCAAUAGGCACAGACCGCUGCUUCACUUAUGAGGCAUAAACUUCAUAAGACAAAAAGGAAAUGUCAAAAAACAGCUAGAGGAAGCUAGUCAGAGAAAAACAUGUUUGGCACAGUCACAGCACUGCAGUGCAGAACACAGUUCCCACUUUCCUGGGUACCUUGUCCACAAUAAUAAAACUGCACUUGUUGACAAUGACAGAAAACGAGAGUUUAUUUUAGCCAGGUACAUGUGGCUGGGCAGAUGGGCACCAGCCUUUCAUCUGCCAUACUCAGUUGGCUGCCUUGUAAGUCUGGCCUGCAGCAUGAGUGCUCUGGCUCACUGCAGGUGAGAAAAUGAGAGGACUUCUUCAUCCCCCCACCAGAGCUGUCUUGUUGAAAAGAUGUGACCAAAGGGCUGAGUCGGUACAGUGCAGGGAGGGUUUGUCCUCAGUCACAAGUGAUCACAGACCUUCUCCCAUCCUCCAGGAAACUCUCUCUAUUCGAAGGGAUGCCCUAGGAAACUUGUUUCUACUUUAUGAAGAAUUCUGACACACUGGGACUGGUUUGAAAACUAAAGAGCAUGGCUUGAUGCAUACAAGUAUAAAGCUUCUUUGCUCCUCAGACAGGACUUCACCCACUCUCGCGGCUCUCCAUUCCAAGUUCUCCAUUCUUGGUCAAUAAUCAGAAUUUAGAGAUUUUUCCCUACCUAUCUCUACACUUGUGACUUGUACAUUGUAAAAAAUGUCACUCAGCAAACUUCAGCUUCUUGUGAACAUGAGUCUGAUUAAAGAUUAAUAUGAAUUUCACCUUCAAAUGAAAAAAUAAUGUAGUAAAUACUGUUCACACCACAGCAGUGAACCUCACAGAAAGGCAUAAGUAAUGGCAUACUAAUUUCCUGUAAUACAAGUAAUGCAAAAAUAAAUAAAAACAGUUCCUUGACCAUA